GCUUCAGGCUGCGGGGCUUUGAGGAGGUGUGGCUGGAGGAGGCCGAACACUUGCGGGGGCCUGCGGCGGAGUGCUGGGGCGGAGCCGUGGCCAUCUCGGCUUAUUCUUUGCUUCGACAGCGGCGGGUCUUCGUCCACGUCAAGGUCGCGGGCUCCGACGUCGUGGAGGUCCAGGACAGCUCCCACGCACUCGUCGACGCCGACGCGCCGGUCGCCCACCUCCUCUACAACGGAGUAGACCACUACAGCGCCUUGAUCGAGGCGGAGCUCUCCAACGCAAUGGCCCCGGCCUGGCCGCAGCCGCCGCCGCCGCGCUACUUUGCCCCGGCAAUCGCGGAGGCAGCGGGGGCCACGGCGGCCGCUGUCUACGCGGAGGACUGCGUUCGCUUGCGCGGCGAGGGCAAGGGGUCGAUUUUGCGGCCAGGCCGCGGACUUGGCCGCGCGCCGCCGCGGCCCGCCCAGCCCGCUCCGGCGAAGCCCCGGCGCCGCCUUUGGGAAAAGACCACGCCGGCGCCGGAGCUGCAGGACGACGUGAUGGAGGACGCGGUGACGGAAUUGGCGCUGAAGCUCCGCCUCCAGCCAACACUCCCGCCGGGCGCCGACGAAGCUGAGCUGAAGGACGGAGCAGUCUGGCCCCGCACCUUCUGCGCCUUUGACGGCUGUGGGUGGGAGGCGGCGGACGGCCUGGAGGCGGACCUAGCCCGACAUCUUGAGACGGAGCACGCCGACGACUUGGAGCCCGUCGCCGCUCGCCUUCUCAGGCCUUGCUGCCCAGACGCGCUGUCGAGCGUUUACAACGAGGCGGUUGCUCAACGCUGCCGCGCCGACGUGCCGCUGGCGGGGUGCUCUUUGGACCGCACCGUGCUGCGCUCCUUUGCCAAGGCGACCGCGAAGGACAGCGUGGAGGCGCUGAUUUGUUUCUGCUGCGCCUGCGUCUACACCCGCGCGGCGGAGGUCGGGGAGCGGAGCGAGAUCCAAUGGCGGCGGCCGCUGAGCCGCGCGCCGUCGGGGGAGGUUCUCUUCUUCGGGCGGCCGGCGGCUGCUGCGGCGGAGGUCCUUGGCUUGGAGCGCUUCCUAAACAAGUACGACCAGCUCGACGCCCCCGGCAAGAAGUUGUCCGACCACGAGACCUUCGCCUCCUGGAAGUUGCGGCUGCCUGGGCCCGACGACGUCGAGCUCUUGUGCUGCCCGGAAGACCACCGCUGCGGCGCGGCCCCUGAACACGUCGCGGAGGGCGUCCUCUGCGAGCACUGCGAGCUGCCGGUCUGCGGCGAGUGCCUCGACCACCUCGCAGAAGCGGAAUUGCCCCCGCUCAGCUUGGCGAACGACAUGUGGACGGGCUACGCCCCGGAGCGGAUCUACGCGGAGGAGGCGACCGCGAUGGAGCUGAUCUGCGCCUCGCCCUGCGUGACCACCCUGAUUUGCAUGUCUAUGGAGGCGCGGUUCCGCAGCGAGGCCGGCGCCCUAGACGAAGCGGCUCACAUGGCCAGGCAUCGCUUCGGGGCUCGAGGCAACGCUCUGUCCUUCCCGCUGCCCUGGGAAGACGUCUUGCAAGCCUUGCAGGCGGGCGGCGACCGGGCGGCGGCGCUGCCGCGCAGUGGGGCGGAGCUCGGCCAACUGGUCCGCGUGCUGCUCAAGACCAACAAGAAGGGCAAGACGACCGAUGCGGAGAUCAAGGGCCUCAUCCACCAGGCGAACGUGCGGCGGGAGGUGGUGGUCAACCUCGUCUUGGACAUGAAGCGCCUGGGCCAUCCAUCCUUCGUGGGUGCGGACGAGGAAGGCGUGCGACUUCGAGCAGCUGCGCUUCUGACCGACGGGGUGCCGCCCGAGGUGUUGAAGGUCGUGGCCCAGGUGGACGCCGACUUCGACGACGCCGAGGACAAGUUGCAGCCGCAGAAGGCGGCGACGCCGUGCGACGGGCGGCAAGAGGACGUCGCCGCCGCCGGCGCGACCUUUGCCGCCCAGCGCGCGCGGGCGGUGGUCGCGGAAGGUUGCGCGGAGGAAGACGCCAAUCAAGCCGCGGCGGCCGCGCUGAAGAAGCUGCGGGAGGAGCUCGCGACGGAGGCGGAGCUGCGGAGCAUGGAGAAGCUAGAAGUCAGGGCCGGCAAUCAGCUCGUGGACCAGUUCCAGCCCCUCUACUUCGCCGUCGCCUUCUGCUUCUGCUUCCCCCGCGGGACCGCGUGCCCUGACGUCCGGAACUCUGCGGCGCGCGCGGAAGAAGAAGAAGGGCGCCGCAGCAGGCGCGAGAGGAGCGAGACCGGCGCGCCCAGAGUGAAUAUCCGCGCCUGGGCCGCGGCCAUGCAGCGCCGAGUCGAGGCGCAGUUCCGACGCGACUGGACCUUCGGCUUCGCAGUCUGGAACUACCUCUUCCGGACGGCGGUCAACCUGCAGAAGAACGCCUAUAUGUUUUCGGCGCCCAACGCCGACGGCGGCGGCUAUCACUCUCUAAAGCCGGAGGAGAUCGUCGCGGGCGCCCAGGAGCUUGCCCGCCGCUUGAACGGCACGUACACGGACGUCAACGGCGGGGAGAAGCCGGUCCGCGGGGAUUUGACCAAGCUGCGCUUUGCGAACUUGCAACCCGCCGCCCGCAAGAUCUUGGCCAACGUCGAAGCCCGGGCCGCGAACAUCCCCGGGACCCACGAGGCGCGCAAGACCAUGCGCCUCCAGACCCACGCCUACCGCGUCUGCUACGGGACCUCGAUCUUCUUGACUUUCUCGCCCUCGGAGCGAGACACUGCCCUGAUGCUGCGCCUGGCGCGCGUGCGAGAAGAGGACCCCGCGCUGCUGCGGGACAGCGCGAAGAAGUUCCAGGCCCGCGGCGCGCCGGCGCUGGACGAAGAGUUCUGCCGGCUCAGCCCCGAGGCUUUGGCGGAGAGUCUGCCGAGCUACGAGGACAGGCGCGCGCUGCUAGCCAGGGACCCGCUGGCCUGCGCGGAGGGCUUCAGGACGCUCGUGCUGCUGACGCUGCGCCACCUCUUGGGGGUCAGGUUCUGCCCGCGCUGCCCCAACUGCGCCGCUUCGGAGCGGCCGUGCAGCGACGCGUUCGAGGAGCAACGCCUUGGCCACGGGCGGGGUUUUGGGCAGGGUCGACGCGGUGUUUGGCUCCAUCGAGUGAGCGGAGCCCUCCACGCCCACAUGCAAGUGUUCGUCCAGUGCCGCCAUCAGCGCGGGUCGCUGGCCAGCCUCCUUGACUUGGGUAAGCCCGAGCUCCAAUCCUUGCUGCAAAGGUAUGCCUCCUACACUGCCCACGUCCGGCGCUCCGUCUACUGCGACCCGGACGGCUGGGAGCGCGAUCGGGCCGCCGCGGAGGAGGAGUGGCCGGAGUACAAGGACUGCGCCUUGAUGUUGAGCCGGCCGGCCUACCAGGCAAGCCGCCGGCUGCGGCCCGAGGAGUGGACGCAGCGAUACUUGGCGGAGGACGUGGAGCAGCUGCAGCGGCGCAAGCAACAUCAUGUGCAUCUCCCUGCCGGCCCAGGCGGCGAGCGGCGGCCUCUGGCGCACUGCCGCGACUUCAAGGACCCGACGAGGUGUAAGAGCGGCUUCCCCCGUGACAGUCAAUUGAUUCUGGGCCGAACGGCUCUGGUCUGCCACGGCUUGGCCGAGCAGCUGGACCUGCCCGUCAAGGGCAAGCGGAGCUCUUUGGGCCUGCAGUGGGGCCCAGUCAACGACCCGAACCUCAACGGUAACCACCCGGCGCUGCUGGCAGAGACCCACGACGACGCGCUCUGCCAGGAGGAGGCCUGCGUCGGCGACGGCGACGUCAAGCUGCUCGUUCGGGAAGCCCAGCGGAAUCAGGCCGCCCAAGCCGGCUACGGCUGCGACUACAUGAACAAGCGGCUGCCCAUUGCCGCGCACGAGCUCAAGGAGUGGCAGAAGGGCCAGCAGGAGCUGGGCGAGGAGUUGAAGGACAAGCCCGCCGGCUACGUGGGGGCAAGGGUGGCCAAGCGGUUGACCACCGACUGCUACGCCCGCGGCGUCAGCCGCGGCGCGGUGGAGUGCGCCAACCUGACCACGCGCGCGGUGGCCAACGACCCCACCGCGGCCGAGUCCGUCAAGACGGCGACCGUUCACUCGAUCUCCUUGCGAUUUGGCUUCCAGCUCCUGGACGCGGCCGCCGCCGGGCGCGUGGUCUCCUGCCCCUUCUGGACGUUCUAUGGCGCGCGGGGGCGCGCCGCGCAAGUCUAUGAGCUCUGCGCCUUCGAGUUCGCGCGCCACUUCCGCUUCCAGCAAGCCAAGCGGCCCUUCACUUUGGCGCCGAUGACGGGCGAGCUCAGCGGCUAUCACGCCGCGCUGACCGACGCCGGGGCGGCGAAGCUUGACAGAAGCGCGCGGGCCAACUUGCAGCCCGGGGUGGACUACAAGAUCCGCGAGGAGGGCGGGGAGGACUGGCUUCCGCUGGGGCGCGGGGCGCUCGCCCAGAAGUUCAGACACGACUGGGUCCUCGCGCCCCGGAGCAG